ACGCCACGCCACCCCAGCCCUAAUCCAGUUUUCCUUUUCUUCAAAAUCUCAGAAUUGUAAAAUUAACUCAGAUCCGAGUAAUCUAAUACCUACAAUCUUCUCAUACUCAAUUCCGGUAAAUCCCCGAUCAAAACCCUAACUCUUAGAAAAUGAAGGAGACGGAGGGUUUAUCAUUUAUCUGCAAUGGUCUCGGCCUCAUUUUGGAGGACGAUAAAGGGAACCGGGUUGGUUAUGAUAGAGGCGAAAACUGUCUAGCAAAACCUGAUCUCAAGCUAUUAUUGGCAGAUAAUUUGAAGGAUUUGCUGAGGUUUUUAAGGCGAGAUGAUCCGCAAACACGAGAAGUGUUUAAGCAAGUUUGCAAAUGGAACAUUAUUUCCAAAAAUUUGAUACCUAUUAUUGAAAACUGUCAGGAUGAUCGGAGUUUGGUGUUAAAUGCAGUGAAAGUGUUAGUUUUCCUUUCAAUGCCUGUUGAGCCUUCAUCCAGUGAUAUCCCUCAACAGAUGGAGUAUCUUUGGGAAUUGAAGGCUUCUAUUACAAGCAGUGUCAUAAUUCCCGUUAUAGUCUCACUGCUUGAGGGCCCUCUUGAAAAUUUAGAAUGUGAAUCAUUCACAGAAGAUGACUGGAAAUUGGUCCAGCUGGUAUUGAGCUUAUUCCGUAACAUUCUUGCUAUCCAAGACAUAUCAUCACUGCAAAAGGCUGGAGCAUCUGCUAGUCUAUUUUUAUCACUGAGAGACAGAUUUCUUGAACUAUUGUUCCAAGAGAAUGUGAUGGACUUAAUUAUAGUUAUAACCCAGCAUGUUGGCGGUUCUCGCAGUUAUUUCCGCCAUGAUAACUUACUUUUGUUGGAAAUUUUCCACUACAUAUUUAUGAGUCAAGAUCCAGAGUUAGUUGCUAAAGCUCGUUUAAGGGGUUCUAAGGGGGAUGGAGAUGCCAUUAAUGAUCUCAAGUCCAUCAUGGAAGAGGAAGAAAGGAAAAGAAAGCUUUCUAGACUACAAAGUUCAAUCCGCCAUUCACAGUUUAGUGGAACAUUUACACGGAAGACUAUGGAUGGUUCUAAUGCAGUCUUCAAGGGAAACCCUGCUGCUGCUCCUCAAAAUCUUCUUGCUAGAUCUCAUAAACCUAACAGGGGUUCUGCCAGAAAGGUUGUCUCAGAACACGGGUGCUUACCUUCAGUGAAAGACAAUAUUCUAGAGUUCCUUCAUGACUUUGUGAAACAGUUUCUAUCAACAGGAUAUAAUGUUUUGAUGCUGUCUAUUCAUGAGGACAUUGAGAAGGAACAUCAUGCAAUUCAGAAUGGGGAUGUUGUUGUUUUCUUCAAGGUUGCUGAGUUUGUCACUUGUUUCCAAUAUCAGAAGUUUUUGACUUCCCAGCCAGCCACAGAAAAUGAAAAUUUUGAAGUUUCUGCUGAUGAAAAUGUGGACAAUACUUUUUUCAAAGGCAACAUCUGUGGACCAAUUGCAGCAUCAAUGAAUGAAUCAAUGUUCCAAUUGGUGAUUUCAAGAUGGCGCAAUGCAUUUGAUGGCCUGAAGGAAACUAACAACUACAAGUUUUUGUCAGCAGCUGGUUCUCUUAUGAAAAAUAUGCUUCGAAUGUUAGAUUUGGUGCUCAAGUCAUUGCCAGAUGAUUCUAAGGAGCCCCAAACAGCUCGCAUUCUUCUUUACAAGCUAUUUUAUGAUCAAACUGAUGAAGGGAUGACCAAGUUCCUUCUAAACCUAGUCAAAGUGUUUGACACUCGCAAACAGCCCAAAAGUGAUCUAGCAGAUUUGGUGGAAAUAAUAUACAUAGUUGUCCAGCUCCUGGAGAACCUCCAAGCACGUGGCUCAUUGAGGGUUUCUAAAAAAUCAAGGAAGGGGGGGAAGAAGAAAGCAACCAGUGACAAGGAUGCUGCAAAUGAACCAUCUGAUGCUCAUGCAAUUAUGCCAAAUGAGGCUAGCACUUCAUGUUGCCAGCAACAAGCAGAAUUAACUGCAACACUGAAGGAAAACACAAUGAUUUCAACAUCUGGUGGGAAAGAAGAUGUCAGCAUUCCUCACCUGGUAGAUGAGCCAGGAAUGGCUCAGUCAGGGGAGGGGAAUCAUGGAAGAGAUCCACUACAGACUGAUAACAACAAACAUGAUCAUAUUGAUGAUGAUCUUUGUUGCAGCAGUGAUUCCCUUUCUGGUGAUGAGCAGCCAGCUACAGUUAAUGAAGUUGAUUUUGACGUGUCUACUUUAGUUUCUGCUUUUGCAAGCUGUAACAUUAUUCAAAACCUGUGCUGGUUACUUAAGUUUUAUAGGAGCAAUUCCCUCAGUACAAACAAAUAUGUAAUCUGGAUGUUGCGGAAGAUCACUGAGGACCUAGAGCUCGCCCCAAUGCUAUAUCAGUUAUCACUCCUCGGAACAUUCUAUGACAUCCUGGUUGAGCAGAAGUCAUGUCCAAACAAGGAUUAUGCAAACAUUGUUGAUUUUCUUACACGUUUGGUCAGAAACAUGCUGAAGAAAAUGAAGAAGCAGCCCCUUCUUUUUAUUGAGAUACUCUUCUGGAAAAGCCGCAGAGAAUGUCAUUACAUUAAUGCUGAAUAUUUAUUGCAUGAGCUAGGAGGUUUGAAAAAAAGAAGUAGGAAUCUGGGGAAUGAUUUGAGCAAUGGAGAAAUUGGAUCAUCACAGUCCAAGGAAUGGGCUCGCAUAAGCAUAGCAGAUGCACUGGGUGAGGAUGAAGCCGAUGUUGUGAUCACUCAUGAAUUGGAUUAUCAGAAUGAGGGAAAUUCCACGGAAAAUGAAUCUGAAAAGAUUUCUGAAAGAAAGAGCAGACUUGUUCUCAGUGAUGAUCUGGAGACAAAAGUGAAGGACCUCUAUGAGAAAUACAAGGAUGACCCCAACUGUAGUCGUCUUAUUGCGGAAUCCCUAGAUCCUGAAGGUCAAAUUUUGGCUGUUCAAGUUUCUAAUAAACUUAAACAGCUAGGACUUAAAGUUGCACCAAAGAAAAGGAUGAGGGCUGGUGGACCAUUUUCAGCUGGUUCUGAUCAACAGGGUGAAGCUGUUCCUAAUAACAAAAAUGGCUCAGAAGGAAGUUCACCUCAUCAACCUAAGAAUACCCGAAAAAGAGUGCGUGCUUUUAGCAAAGAUCAGGAGGAAAUGAUUAAAGAUUUGUUUGAACAGUUCAAAGGGCAAAAGAGGUGUAGUUAUUUAAUUGCAAAUGCACUGGAUCCUGACAAUGCAUUCACAGCUGCCCAAGUCACCCGUAAACUCAACCAACUUGGUUUACGUGUUCCUCAUCAGAAGAGGUCUGAAGCUAACAUGCAACUGAGACAUGAGGAACUUGAUGACCCCUCUGUAGAUAUAUCUGACAAUGAGACAUUGCUAUCUUUUAGAAACAGAAACAAGGAAAAUGAUAAAUUUUUUGGUGAAAAGUUGCCAGAAGAGAAUUUGGAAGAAGUUCCAAAUGAUUCCAACGAUGAAACUCUAAGCUCAGUUCUCAAGAAAACCAAGGUGCUCCCUCCAAAGUCAAAGAAUAAGAGGCUCACAACAAUAUCUACCAACGGGAUGAUUGAUGGAAACUCUGGAUUUGAAGUUUCAAAUUUUGAUACAGAAAGGGAUGGAGGCUACCAAUCAAAAGACAUGGAUGUUCCAUCUGACCAUCAUGGCUGGGAACACACCCCAGAAGUCCAAGCUAAAGGCAGUACCAGUGGAAACUUGUUAGGUGUUUCACCUGUCAAUCUUCUUGGUGAUUUGGCACAUCAGCAAGCAGAAGAUGAGUUGGCAGAUUCAGGGGAUGACAGGGAAACUGACGCAUUGUUGAAAAGUUCCAUAAACAGAAGGAAGCUCCGGAUGGUAAUUGAUCUAGAGGAGGAUGAUUAGAUUGAAAGCAGAGUCAGUGGGAUCUGCCUAAUAUCUGCCUGUUCAUGCCUUUUUGCUGGGAACAAAUGUCUGUUCCGUGUUCAAGAAGCUCAACCUGGGAUAAUGAUCAUAUCCAUGCCUGAAUGCAGGUUAUUCUCGGGGCUUGGAUUGGAUACAUCUGGUGGACUGCUCUCUAGCAUUUGUUUCUUGCUAGCAAGGCUAGAGGAGUUUGUAUGUAUAGCUUUUUUCUGAAACAAAAUUUAUGUUUUUGUACAUAGACUGAUUCUGGCCAUUAAUCAGUUGUUUUGAUUCAUGCUUCUGCAUUUCUGAAACGAGGUAACCGUAUUUGUCCUUCCAACCAAGAAAAACCCUAAUGAACCUAAACGAAGGAU